UUAAAUUGGCAACACCACAAUAAAUUAAUUAUAUCUCCGAUCGCGGUCAACACGGCAGCUGCUGGUGGAAUUUGUUUUAUCGGAUAAAGAUAAAAUUUGGCGAUACAAGUUUUAAACAGAGAAUAGAUUUUAAACAUGGCUAUCGGUGCAGGAAUGUCGUGUGUCAAGUACCUUCUAUUUUCCUUCAAUCUUUUGUUUGCGAUAACAGGUUUGAUAAUCCUGAUAGUGGGUGCUAAAUCAGAGAUCAAUGCCCACCCAUACGUGGACCUUACUGAUGAGAGCUUCUACACAUCGGCACCAGUGAUUCUGAUCAUUGUGGGCCUGAUUGUGUUUGUAGUGGCCUUCUUCGGAUGCUGUGGAGCUGUCAAAGAGAAUCACUGCAUGAUUGUCACGUUCUCCGCGUUCCUGCUAAUUAUCUUCAUUGCGGAACUGGCGAUCGGCAUCGCGGGCUACAUGAAGCACAAGGACCUGGAGACGUCACUGAUGCGCUCGCUCAACGACUCCAUCAAGCACUACAGCAAUGACACGAGCAUACAGCACAACUUCGAUAUCAUCCAGACCGAUUUGCAGUGCUGCGGUAUCAAUGGCCCCGCUGACUGGAAGAACAACAGCCUGCCCAUUCCCAGCACCUGCUGCGCCGGCCAGGAGCUGGUAGAGAACACGCCUGUGACCUGCACGGAGACUUCACCCACUCUGCACAAGAAGGGGUGCCUUGAUGAAAUCCUCACCCACUUGAAACCGUUGUCGUUGCUGCUUGGCGGAGUCGGCGUGGGCAUCGCUUUUGUUCAGCUCCUCGGCGUGAUAUUCGCAUGCUGUCUCGCUCGCUCCAUCCGCAGCCAAUACGAAACAGUUUAAACUUGAGUUAAACUCGUCCGUCAAUUUCUAAUGUUUUCUGUUAAUUCAACCAUACAAUUUAUUAUGUUGGACACUAUAGCAAUUAAAUCGACUCAGCAAAGUUAUUUUUGCCUAGUUCUUAAUUAUUGCUCAGAAUAACAUAAUUUUAUAACUAAAACACUAUAUACUUUUUAUAAUACAAACAAAUAUAAUUCCAAUUUUUGUGAUGAUAGAUUUUAAUUUAAGUAAUUUAAUUAAAUGCAGAGUUGAUUUGUUUUGCUCUAAUUGUAAUUAAGUGAAAGUCGAAAUAUAAUUGUUGUUUUUGUAUCCAUGUAUGAUUUAAUUUUAUGUUAUUUGUCCAUUUCAAUAAUGAAUUAAUUUUAUUUUAAUAUAAUAAAUGUAGGCAUAUAGAAAUAUAUUUCUCACAUUGCAAGAUAAUUUUCAUAUUUACUAUUCAAUAGAUUUUCUCAUAUAAUUAUAUAGAUUUCACUCAGUACAUCCAGUGUGAGGUUGCCAACUGCCAUUUCCUGGAAACCAAAUUAUUUAACAUAUACCUUGUGUUAGUAGAUAGAACACGGCAUGCUGAUAAAACGCCGUAUUUUUUUAAGGUCUUGUUUCUGACUUUCGCAGUAAUAAAGCAAAUAUAUGCGGGUCUUCAUUCAAACCAAGAUGCCUUGUGGGAGAAUUUCUACCUAAGUUUACUUAUGCAAGCAUGUAUAGGUUAACUACGAUUACUGGGAAACUAUUGUCACUAGAUGUCGCUCUUUCGAUGCGAUAAAUCGUAGUGGUUGAAAUUCAAAUUGUACCGAUUUGAUUAAAAAAAAACACUUGCACUGUCAUAAAAAAAGGUGCUUAACUAUUUUGUCCUAUUUAGUAUACUACGAUAGUAACAGAUUAAUUCAAUGAUAUACGACGACCUGUGCGCUUAUUCUGUUCAGUGGCAUCCUUUAAAAUUCGAAUGUUGGCAACACUUGUAGUAGUUUGAAGUCACAAUAUGGUGUGCUCAGCCUAGAAGACUGAUUUUUCGAAUAGAAUGCCAAAAUCAUUCAUCAAACAUGCACUUUUCAUAUUAUAGAGUUUAGGAUAUUAUUGUCAAAUAUAUUUAUAAUCGUCUAUUUAUGUAGAAUACUGCACGUUUGUCUUAUUAGUAUUUGAUACGAUGUGAAGUACUCUGUAGGAAUAAAAAUUACAUUGAAAAAUAAAAAAAAAGUUUAAAAGGAAGUUUUGUCAAAUGUAUAUUUGCAUCUUGUAAUGCCUUAUGCAGACCGGGCCACAUUUUAAAUCGCCAAUACUUGAUCCUGGAUCGAAAGACAUGAAUACUAUUGCUGAUCCAUCAACAAAACAAAAAAAAAAUUAAGGAUAGCUUGGUGCGGUGUAAUUCAAUGAACACCUUCAUAAAGCCUCCGGUAUGUGUUUGGCAUGCACUCAAAUGUUUAUAAUGUAUUAGUAUAAUAGUAUUUUACUAAAUGUUUCUUGUAGUAUUUAUUUACAUUUCUAUUAAAUCUGUAUAUUAUGAUGCAA